GAGCGCAGGGCGAAAAGUGCAAGCCAGGCGGCGGCGGGUUGCGUGCCUUUCUCCCCUGUCGUUGGAAGGCCGAAGGGGGGGGGGGAGAGCGUUUGCAGCGUUGGCGCACGACGGCGAUCCUGCUCCAAAGCUUCCCGUUCUCCAGAUGUGGUUGCAUCUGGACUUGGAUUCUCCUCUGGCGUGAGCGGCCUCGCCUCCCUCUCUCCGCCGAAGCUGGGCUCCUCGGAGACCGGAGUGGGGCUGGGCGAUCCCCGCAGCGAAGCCCCAGGCGCUCCGGAGAGACAGGAAAAGGGGUCCAUGCGCUGCCUGGCCGGUGCGUUUCCUCGCCGCGUCGUAGGAUAAACCCAGCAGCGCUGGAGGGCCCUCCGGAGCAGGGAGGACUCCGGCGGUGGCGGCGAGGAGGAAGGCAAGCGGGAGGGUUUAAAUGGAUCGCCACUCCAGCUUCGUCUUCAUCUGGCUGCAACUGGAGCUGUGCGCCAUGGCCAUCCUGCUGACCAAAGGUGAAAUUAGAUGCUACUGUGAUGCCGCGCACUGUGUCGCAACAGGUUACAUGUGCAAAUCUGAGCUCAAUGCUUGCUUCUCUAGACUUCUUGACCCACAGAACAGCCAUUCUCCACUUACUCAUGGCUGCUUAGACUCUCUUGCAAGCACGUCAGACCUUUGCCGAGCCCACCUGGCCCAAAACCACUCUGGCGCUACUGUACCCACGUUGGAGUGUUGUCAUGAAGAUAUGUGCAAUUACAAAGGUCUCUACGAUGUCCUCUCUUCUUCCAGAGGAGAGCUUCCGGGUCAAGGGAGCAGGUAUCAACAUGACAACAGCCGAAACCUCAUCACAAAGGUGCAAGAGCUUACCUCCUCAAAAGAACUGUGGUUCCGGGCCGCUGUCAUUGCGGUCCCCAUAGCUGGUGGGCUGAUAUUGGUGCUUCUCAUCAUGCUGGCUCUGCGCAUGCUCAGGAGUGAAAACAAGAGACUGCAAGACCAGCGGCAGCAAAUGCUGUCACGACUGCACUACAGCUUUCAUGGCAAUCAUUCCAAAAAAGGGCAGGUGGCCAAGUUAGACUUGGAAUGCAUGGUCCCCGUGAUGGGUCAUGAGAACUGCUGCAUGGCGUGUGACAAGAUGCGGCAGCCAGACCUCAGCAAUGACAAAAUACUUUCACUGGUUCACUGGGGAAUGUACAGUGGGCAUGGAAAGCUGGAAUUUGUAUGAUCCCGUCCUUUGGGUUUUAAAUAUAUGUAUGUAUGUAUUAAAAGGUCUGUUGUUAAAAUUACUAGGAAAUUUUUGCAAAGACUUUUGGGUUCUGCUGGACAGGAGCACUUUAUAUGGGGAGAAGCCUACAGUCAUGAAAUCAUUUUUUAAGAAAACAAAGAAUGUUUGACAAUUGAACCUUGGAUAUGUUUUCUGAAGGAUUCCAAACAUUGUCUUAUUUGCACAGAAUAAAUACACUCAAAUGUACUGUUUGCUUUAAAAUUAUGAAAGCAAAAAUGAGGAGUUACACACACUGUUACCAGGGUCAUUUGAGCUGGAGGGAGAUGUGAAAUGAGUUCUACUAUUAAAACUGUAUGCAAGUUCUGAUGUAAAGAUUUUUUUAAAAAAAACACACAAAUACAUAUUAUAUAUAUAUAAUAUU